AUGGAAGGGAAACAAUAUCCAGGAGAGAGUGGUUCCUUGUAUGAGUUCCAUUAUAAGCCUACAAAGUACUCCAUCAUAAAGGGCGGCCAAGUACAUGUGGCCCUACCGCCUAUCAUGGGCUUGGAACGGAGAGAAACUAGCGACAAACAAGUCACCACAAUUGCUGCUACCUUUAUCGAAUCCAAAGCCGAAGAGAUUCAUGGAGGGUUUGGAGGCUCCUCAGAGUUCGACCCAGAGCGUUCCCAAUUUGUGCCGUUUCAACCAUAUGUUUACUUUCAAACGGCUCUAGGUAUCAACCGCGAUGAGGAAACAUGGGAUAGCUUAUGCGAAAAGAUCACGGACACGAAAGCAAAAUAUAACGAUAGUAAGAGUGGGAUUUGGCAUACCAUAUGGUACAAAAUGGGUGGCUAUAAAGACACCCUUGACGGAUGGACUGCCCUCAUACCAGAUCAAUAUGGACUUGCUGUCGUCAAGACGGGCAUCGCUGUGAUUUUCAAGCUUGCGGAACACUCAACUAAGAGGCGAAACCUCAUCUUGAAGACCUUUGAGGGGUUACGGGAUAGUUUGACAGCAGCUAGGCAUAAACAGGAGAGCUUUCGAUCCCACAAAAAUGUUCGAGAAUGUGCAGAUCGUCUCUAUCAGGCUAUCGUCGACUCCAUCGAAGACAUGAUACUAUUGACGUCUAAAAAGGACCCCAGAUUUUUUCGAUUCAUUUCUAAACCAAAAAAUAACCUGCCACCUCCUGAUGCUGAAGAGAUCUUGAAGAAAGUGGCCACAAGUAGCAAAGAAUUUGAGGAUGCCAUCGGGCUAGCUCGAGACCAAACCAUCGAAAAUACCCAAGCAGUAGCUUACUAUACCGGCACGAAAAUUACCUUGGUCCAUCGUGAUGUCAGCGCCACGAUGCGCAACACCGAACUUCUCUCCGGAAAGAUUGACAGUUACGCGACCGAAAUGGAUUCUAGAAUGCUUGAGCUUCGCCGUUUCAUUUCCGAGGCGUCAAAAACACAACAAAAGCUCGCCGAGAACGCAAUGGAGCAACAGCACAAUCAGCUGGACAAUAGAAAUCUACUUUUACAACUUAUCGAAGAAAUGGUCAGCGAGAGCCGACUAUUUGACAUUUUAUUUCCUCCCGACCCAAAACUACUCGUCCAACAAUCAAACCGCGACUUGGAACGAGCGUUUCUGCAAAGAGCUGCGAUCAAGGCACCCACUCAAGGUCAAGUCCAGUCGCUACUGAGACAUCACCGGUUCCUCCGCUGGUUAAAUCAGCAUGGCCCUGACCUGGUGCUCGUGGACGCCAACAUCCGCUUGCCUGGUCUCAACAAGCUAUCAGCCGUAUCGGUCUUUUGUGCAACUUUCGUCGCCAGCAUCAUCAAAGUCCAACCUAGUGAGGUGGUGAUACAGUUCUUCUGUGGGCUGCACGAUAUGCCCAGAGAUCCUUUAUUUGGCCCCAACGGCCUUGUUCGUUCCAUGAUCUUGCAGCUUCUGAUGAAGCUGAUCAACAUGAAGAUCUUGGAUUUGAACUUUAUCAACGACCGAGACUAUCUGAUGGCGCUCGAGGAGCACAACCUGCAUAGUCUUUGCGACACUCUUGAUUUCUUAGUGAACCAGUUUCCGCCUGAUACAACCGUUUAUUGCAUCAUCGACUCCAUCUGGUGUUUUGAUAAAGAAAGGUUUUUUAAAGACUUUGAGUUUGUCAUGCAGCAUCUGCACAGACUUGUCAAUAGCAAACAACUAAUCCCCAAUUUCAAGGUGCUAUUGGCAAACCCAAUGCAAAGCACAAGAAGAGUCAAGGGGAUGUCGAUCUUUCGCAAUGAUCCAUCAAGCAUCAUUACUUUAUCGCCCAAUAACUUGAUUCCGCUGGAAAUAUCCAGCAGGGUUAUUGAGGGUUACCUUUUACGGCCGUCGACUCCAACGCCUCCUAUGCGAAAGUGGGAGGUAGAUAGCGAUCAGGAUGGUGAAGGGUGGAAUACUGAAUAA